AUGGGAGAAGAAGGCGAAGACGUCAAGCCGAAGCUGAAUAUCCAAGUCGGUCAACUUGAACUGAUAUCAUGUUUUGGAGCAGAAAUCACGAUCAAGGUGAAGGCGAAUACGCCUUUCAAGAAGAUCUUCGAGGCGGCUGAGAAACGAUUUAGCAAAGACCCCGGGACGUUCAAAUUCACGUACGAUGGACAGCGCAUCCAAGCAGAUGAAACGCCUGCGUCGCUGGGGAUGGAGGACGGCGAUCAGAUUGACGCGAACCUCGAACAACUCGGGGGAUCAUUGGAUGCAAGCUCAUGA